AUGGUUAUCAUCACGAGACCACACAUGUUCCGCUCUUAUCUCUCCGUCUCCUCGCUGCUCUAUCUCGCGCCACCGCCGCCGCUCGUCGUUAAGCCCUUUCUAAUUCAUAACUUUUUGUGCCUCUUCCAGGCCGACGACGACGACAUGAACUACGAGCAGAAGGGCCCGUCCGCCACGUCUUCCGGAGCGCCUCUCGUCGAGUCGAGCUCCGCCGCCUUCACAUACAACACGGCGACCACUAGCUAUUACACGGACUACAAUAAUCCGUCAAGUUGGUUUCUUUCGCUUUUCUUGCUUUCUCUGCCAGUCCUAGACCAAUUUCCGGUCUAAACUGGGAAAUUAGAAGAAGCGCCUUUUCCCUACCACUUUUUUCUGUUUUUCCAGGUUACCAGAUGUGUUUCAAUUAUCCGCCGUACACGGGAGCGGCGACAGUCGCCACCGCGUCCAACAUGGACGGAAUCGUCGGCGGACAAAACAUGAUGAUGCACAACAACGUGUUCGGAGGUAUGACCACCAAGAGCUAUAAAAUUCGCCCCCCCUCGCGACAUGUUCCCCGCCGCUCUAAUCUUUAUCGUCCAUCUCUUUGCAGCCCAAAACUCAAGCUACUUUUACCCGGCGUCGAUCAACGGAUACGGAUACGAUCCGCUCGCUGCCGCCACCUCUGCCAGUGGAAUCACGGUCAAUAAUCAGGUGAACGUGAGCAUUGUGCAAGGGAAUGGAGGACAGCCGAACGUGGUGCAGUCGGUGCUGCCGUGCAGUCAGGGACUCACGCCCACAGGCAUCGCCGGAUGUUCCACCUCCUCCUCGUCGGCGUCGAGCUCGUCGGCAAAGCGAAUGAGUUGUGAGUCUCAGCGUCUCAGAGAGACAUGAAAAGCAUCGAAUUGUUUGCAGGCAACAACGAAGACCGAGAGUGUGUGAACUGUGGAGUUCACGCGACACCGCUCUGGCGUCGCGACGGAGCCGGAAACUAUUUGUGCAAUGCGUGCGGGUUGUACUACAAGACGAACAUGGAGAAUCGACCGUUGGUGAAGACGAAGAAGCGGCAGGUAAGGAAGAAGAAUCAAUAG